AUGGACAAUUUGAUAAGGAAUCUUUCGGGUUUUAACCUUGAAGUUGACAAGAUCGAAAGAGAUGGGAACUGUUUUUUCAGAGCAGUUGCCUCACAGCUCAAUAGACACCUGAGGGAAUAUAAGGAACAUAUCGAAGGGCAUUGCACUUCCCUUGGAUUAGGAAUUAGUGAAGCCCUCGACACACGUAGACUUAGGGAGCUGUUUGUGAAAGAAGUCUCUGAUAACAUUGAAGAGUACAGAGACUGGAUGACAACUGGCGUUAAUGGGUUAGAGGAAGUUUACAAAUUUAGCCAAGACGGAUUUUUCGCAAAUGAAGUUGGUGAUUUAUGCGCGAGAGCAACAGCUAAAGUCUUGAAAAUUCCAAUUGUGAUUAUUACCGCUUUCCCUUCAACACCUACGGUGCCAUUCCUACCACACGAAUUCCUUACCACCACACCCAUCUACAUUGCAUAUGAUCAUUCUGGGCCAGGCCACUACGAUGCCACAAAAGGUACUCGAUAAUUGUUCAAUAACCUUAGGUUAAAUUAGCAGUUAUAAAUUCUGAUAAUGCUACAUACCUCCUCAUAUAUCGAGGUUUGAACUGAGAAUUUUUCGAGAUCCUCCCGAUGUCUUGGCACCCUUAUAAGGUUGAAGUCUUGUACUAGUACUAAGUUGUAAAUGCUUACGUUAAUAAAACUGAGCCGGAAAUCAUUUAAUGGAGAAAAUGAUGUUUUCUUCAUUUGUGCUGAAACGAAUUCUGUAAAUCGAGGUUAUUUCAGAUAUAAGCAAUAACUAUUUACCGACGUGUCGGUGGCUAAUAGUAGACAUUUAACGAGCCGCGAAGCAGCUUGGCAAAUAUUCACUAAUAGCACGACACUGAGGCGAAUAGCUGUUUUUAGUACACACUAAAUCAGUGAGAUAAUAUGGCACAAAAAAAGAUGAUUUUAAUAAUCAAUUUAUUCCUGUACGUGCGGCAGCGUGAAACUCGCGAGUUUCUCGGAGGUAAAUAGCAAAGGAUAUUCAGAGUUUGAGUAGCCAGUCAGAGCACACCUUCAACGCUGUCCACUGCUUUAGUAUAUACUAAUGACCUUUAACUUGUCGAAACCUUGUCGAAAACCAUUGCAUUAAUUCUUGACAUGGUUUCAUCGUUUCAGAAGUUUCAAGUGAGAAUGGCUGUGACGAACAAGCGAAGGAAACAAGAUGCACUUGCGGUAAAAACAAGAAAAAUAAGUCAGUUUCAGACAUUUUCUGUGUUUCUGGUAAAUGCCCGUGUCACAAAGUGAACCACUCUUGUACCCGCUCGUGUAGAUGUUACAAUUGCAAAAAUACGUGCAAUUCAAUGAAGUUGUGAGGGUAACAAAGAGUCUGAAGAGAGGCUGUAGGUGCGGAGUUGGACAAAAGAGCAAAGGGGACGGAGAACCAAAUGCAAGUCACAAGUCGUGUCAAGACAGUCUCCGCAAGUCAAAGUGUCCGUGUGUAGCGGGUGGCAUAGGAUGCACCGAAGUCUGCAGAUGCUUUAAUUGUGGAAACAUUGUUCAAGCUCGAGCUGACCCGGGAAAAUCCCCAAAACGAAAGAAGCGAAAUAGGGCGACCGUCUCUCCAUAUAAGAGGAAAAAGGGAUCAAAGUUCAUGAUAAGUCAAAAUGCAGAGGUGGAUUGUGGACCAUGGAGAAACAUUGAAACGCUUUGUUUGAUGGUUUGCCGGGACGUGAUGCUAAGUCAAGGACUUUCCAUAAAUUCAAAAAAUUUGCGUGAUUUGUAUGAUUUCGUGGCUAAGUCUCCUGCUGUUAUGGAAAUGUCUUUAAACAUAGCUGCGAAGUCUACAGCACAAAUUGCGGCUAAAAUAGCGCAUCUAAGAGGCAUUGAUUUGUAA